AGAAAGUUUUAUGACUUCAACACAAGUUCCUUAUAUCUAUUUAAAUUUUUUCAGUGACUUUAUGAUACUGGUUACACUGUUUGUGAUUUUUUUUGACAGUUUUUAUAGUUUUUAUUUUGUUUCUCCGCCCCUUAUUUGUUUUAAUUGAUUUCCUCGACAAAAAAAAUGUUGAUUCCUCCGAUAGACGUUUUCUGGCGUGCUUGGAUUGAUUUUUGUGGUUUUUGAACUAAUUGAAUUAUAAGAGCAAACGUAUUUUACGGGUCAUAAGCCUCCAGCGGACACCGAAAUAUGUGUUGAAUAACUCUAUUGUUUUCAUCAGCAGAAUAGGCUGACUGAUUCAAUCAGCUAUAUUCUGAGGCAUGCCCAAAGGCUGGCCUUGAAAUUGGAAGGUAGGGAUGGUAGGCGUUGUCAGCUUCGUGGUCGUGAUUAUACAUGUAUGUCAGUGUUGCUGUAUGUGGUAAUUACGUAUACUCCAUACCUGUACACCAAUGCUAUGGCUUGCUGCUAUCUUCACGUUAUUGUAACUUUCAUAUCAAUGAACCUUUCCAGCUUGUGGGUUCCUACACAAAUCUUAUCUCACUGUAGUAGGAGUCUUAUCUACUUAUCUUUUUGUUGUCAGGAGCUGACUAACCACCAUAAUUUUACAACAGUGUCAGUAAAGUGCAUUUAUCAUUGUAGAAGAAAUAUUUUCACAGUCUUCUGUUAUUUAUUUCCUAGUACCAAAAAUUAUGUCAACGUAUCUUUCAAAAAGAGCUACAAGCCUUCUGUAUAUAUCUGGUAUUCAACCUGCGUAUCCUCAUUGUUGAUAUUUAAAGUGUGAUGUGUGUGCUGCAGAACUCUUUUCUAUUAAUAUACAUUCUUUGUUUAUUUGAAUUACACGCAGAGUAUAGCCAGUUGCAGAUACAAGAUCGCUACCGGCUCUAAAAAAAAACGUCAAUCAGUUCUUUUCCAACUUCUGGAGUUCAACUAUGUAAUAGUUGCCACGAAUUUCCAUGAUUACUCACUUUGUACAGUUGACUCAUCCACCUGAGAUAAUAAAAUUGCACUGAACAAGUGUAGCCAAGGAAUUUUGUACCGUGAAACAGACAGCUGAUGCUUUGUACUCGACCGAUGAGUGCAAAAAACGUCUUGACAGUAACACGAGAUACAAGUGAUUGCGGAAAGUAGUUAUCGCAUACGGAAUUGCAUAGGAGUGACGGAGAUGGUGAAUGACGAGCCUCCAAUUUGCCAGGCCAAGGCAACUCACUGCAUGCGGAUGCCCCUGCGAUCAACAGAACAGAUUUACUUGGUGUUCUUGAUACCGACGUUGAUAAACUGCACGAUUUACUUGGUACAUUUCUCAGCUGAUCUGGUCGUUGUUGAACAACACUUUAGGGAGAGCAAUCCCAUAUGGGGCAGCUGCACCCUUGCCAUUAUGUACGCACCUGCGAUUGCCUAUUUUGUGUUGACCGUAUCGAGGCCCGACUGGUGGAUGAGUGAAGAUGAGAAGAUAUCGAAAGGAGUUAUUACAUGGUUCAUACUGCAGAUUUGCCAGUUGUUUAUGUUUCCACUUUUCGCGUUGUACAGGUAUGCCGGUAUGAUAGUGUUGGCUGUGGAUGCGAUAAUGCUCUCGGGUGUUGAGAGAACUAGAACGCUGACUAUUGCCGCAAAGCCUGCAGCUAUCGAACUGUAUUUCUUUCUUCAAGCAUGGUUUCAAGCAGCCCCGCAGUCGAUCUUUCAGACUCAUCUCCUUUUUAGACAACAGUCUGUUUUGCGGUCAUACCAGUCAAUCGUGGUGCAAAUAUUGAGCAUUUUCAUGUCGAUCGUGGUGCUCUCCAUUCAAACAAUGUCUUUCCAAAGGUUUGAGAGCCAAAGAAUAAAUGGUAGGAAAUUAAUGUGGGCAAUGUGGCUGAAGAAGUACCGUGAGCAGGAGCUUCGAGACUUUGCAAACCAAGAACCUAUCGAAUCGACAACGUUAUUAGAAACAGAUGGGAAGACUGAAGUUCUUAACGCUGCCGAAAACACAACAGAAACAGACACUAGGGAGUCAAUUCCUGACGAUCGACUUUUGACUCGACAGAUAUCUACGACACCACCCUUACCUCCAAAAAAUGCACACGUCACACCCCCUCCUACACCUUUGAGAGGUGUUACCAUUGUUACGCCUCUAGAAGUACCUAAAAUGCCGGCUCCACCUCGGCCAGAUUCCGUACCAAAAAACGAGGAUAAAAAUUAUGGACACGAGUCGUUGAUCAGGCCAGUGAGUACAGAUGCAACGGGUAUUGGCCUCAAUAAAUCUACGAGUUUGAAACUGCCCCAAAGAAGAUAUUCACAAAAAGGUCUAGACGAAGACGAUCCUAUCGGCAGAGCAAUAGGUUCUCUAUGGUGGUUUUUAUUCAUCGCGCCUCGUAUAUUUUCCAUAGCUGUGUUUUACGAAUUUUAUCCCGGGACAUUGUUUGCGGUGCUGGGUGUCCACUACCUCAUUAUGCUAGCUCAUUUAUUUUACCUCGCCAAGGACUACACGGCUGCAACAUUUUUCAUAAAUCUUUGGUUAGGCUUGGUUUACAUUGUCGCUGUAAUAGAGUAUAAAAUUAAAUUCAAAUAUGCUGAUAAGUGGUUAUUUGCUUACUACACAUUUGUUAUGAUACAAAAUACAUGCUUUACAACUGUAUGGUACUUUCACGCCGAGUGGGACGGAUUUUGGUACUACUAUAUAUUUUAUGCAAUAUUUGGUAGCAUGGGACUCUGCAUCAUAUCUACAACGGUUUACCAAGUUUUGCUGAAACCCAAAAAACGGCGAGUUUAUGUCACCUGAUUUUAUCUCCUUCGUAUUGAUAUGCAUGUUAUUAUACCUCAAAAUGUGACGACGUGUAACAAGUUUUUAUAUCGUAUUAAAUGUGACAAUACAUUUGUACCUGAGAAAUUGUUUCAAUUCAUGCAAAUUUGUGAUCUACCUGGUGACAUUAUUACUCUGAUGUUUAUCGAGCAAUUUUUUACUAACCGAAAGUUUCAUCCAACUUUGAAUAAGCGAGAUACGCAUUUCAAAUAUUUCUGUAUUACUCGAUGCCGUUUUUCGUUGACCCGCUUAUUAUAUGUCAUCCAAAACUAUCAUUUGUCCAAAAUUCGUUAUAGUGCAGUUUUGCUGAAUUGCAUCUUCAGAUUAUUGGUAAUUAAAUUUAAAGGGUUACAUCGCUUCACAAGCCGAUAAUGCUGUCGAAAUUCAAAAUAUAUUUUUUUGCCGGUAUUGGAUGAAUGAACUCAAGUAACACAAAUGUUUAACAGACGUCUAUACGAUGCAUUUCAAAAGUUAGCUUUCCGACUUUCAAAUUUGUAAACAAAAAGGCAACUCGAAGAUGGAACGUAUUGUUAUCAUUGAAUAUAUUAUAGUUACUGAAAAGGUCACUAUAACUAAACGAGUUGGGUUAAUAGUUGUCUAAACGUACGUAUGUCACAAUUUGGAAGUGUCUAUAUGUUAUUGUUCGAAGGAUGCCAUGAAGAUAUCUUUUUUGAGAUAAUAUUUCGUAGCCCAAGGUAGUACAUGUAUAAUUAGGUAUCUAUAUAAGCUGACAAUUGUGACUGUAUGUAGAUAACGUUAGUUAGUCAUCUUAUCGCUAUGAUGGUUGCGACAUCCUAACCAAUCUUACUGUGACCAAGUCAAAGCAUGCAUGGAAUCUACUAGGAAGGACCCUACUCCAGUAGCAAUAAUGUGUUAUCGGUAACUAUAAAUCAUCGGUUUGAGGUUGCCUGUCGGACAUUACCGUAAGAUAACUACUGCACGCCUUUAAAUCGACAUCUGUUCUGCUGUUGCCUUAAUGGUAGUGUUUUAUGGUUUCUUAAGUAAUGAGGGAAUCUGUUGUCCGAAAUCUUAUUUCGUCCAAUAGAUGGAUUUUUGAAGUCAUCAGAAAGUUAUUAAUUUAUUGUGAACUAAUUUGUGAGUAUAGUAUGAAAGUUGCCUAGAAAGUAUCUUUUGACAGCGCUAUUCUGCCAGCUAUAUGCUAUAUCCCAUUUUGGCGGGAUACUUACAACAGUUUAUUUAACAAUAAAUGCCAUUGAAGAGAUGACUAAAAAUUGUCUACACGCAAACGUUAGCAAACUGCUAUAAAUAUAUUAAUACAGAAAAACAUUGUUUGAUUUGGAGAGAAAUAGUACUAUUCAUGCCAACUAAAUAUCUCGUUUAAGUGGCAUAAUACGAUCGACGUAAGUAUUGUAUAAUUUCUAUGAUCAUCCCCUUUUUUCUAUAUUUAUAACUAUAUAGGUAUUUAUACGUUUAGGUUAUAGGUUAGGUUCAGGCAAUUCAAGGCACACGUUUAUUUUUUAGUCGGUGAGAGGCCACCAACCUCGAUUGACACUGGCAUUCGUAUGGAGUUCCCAGCUCAAUUGACUAUCAAUUAUCCAAAUAGUGAUCUUAAAAUUUCUCUUGCCUAUUGGACAAUCCAAAACAAGCUACUUCAAUCCGUUGUGAAUGAUCUUUUGAUAGGGUUGCAGAAAUUCAGUCACCUUGAGCUUCCGUCGGAUGCUAGGACAUUGUACGAGUCGUUUGGACCCUCGGAGACAAAGGGACGCCAAAAAUUUCAAAAUUUACUUCUCAUAUAUAAACGUACUUUUUAUUUGUUAAAACUUUUUGUUGUACUGCUCGACGUGAAAAAGCUACCACGUGUGGGGAUAGCAUACCAAUAAUGUGUAUUCAUA